UGAGAGCUGGCAGGAGCUAGCUAUCUGUGUCUGUCUCUGUGUGUAUGAGAGAGAGAGAGAGAGUCAAAGAUCACAGCACAGUCCCACACACACACACACACACACACACACACAGGCUGAGAGAGCAGCUCCCAGCACUGCCCUGCAGCAUCUACCAGAGGGAGAGGGAGUGAGACACUCGGAGCAGACACCAGCCCAGAAGAGCUCCCCCAGCCCCAUGACUGGCUCGGAGAAGGCAGCGGAUGGAGCUGCUGGCCGCCUGGCCCCUGUACUCGGCACUGCCUUACUGACACUGGGGCUGUCAGUGCCCACCACGGCCCUGCUUGUCAUCUACUUCCGGUGUGGAGGCCAGCCAGGCCACCCAGAGCAGAUUCCUCACAAUGCGUCCAUGGUGAAAGGACAUUUGGAAAGAAUCAGCGAGAGUGAUGAACAGUGGGAACUGAGAGGCAGCGAGAAGCCAGCUGCCCAUUUGAUUGGAAUCUAUCACCAUUCUCUCAAGGACAGUUCCAGCGCUCAUUUUCACCGCACACUGGAAUGGGAGUCAGUCAGGGGUUUGGCCUUUACUAAGGACUCAGUGCGCUACCUUGGCCGAUCUCUGGUCAUCCCCAAGCGUGGCCUGUACUAUGUUUACUGCCAGGUGGGCUUCCGUGGAAGUGAGUGUAAGAACCGACCGGUUACUCUAUACAACCGGGUAUACCGCAAACACGACUCUUACCCCGAGCCCCUGCUCCUGCUCAGCGGCACUGAGACGGUGUGCGGCAAGAACCACAACAAGGGCUCCUGGUACACCACCCUAGGCCAGGGGGCAGUGGUGGAACUCGAGAGGGACCACCAGCUCUUUGUGAAUGUCAGCAACCCCCAUCUGGUGGACUACCUCGAUGGAAAAACCUUCUUCGGUGUCAUCAAAAUCUGACCUUGGCCCUGGAGGGUGGGAAGGCCAGGGGAUAGAGAGGGCUUUGCAGAGAUUAAUAAGUGGGAUAUGAGUUACAAUGUUACUUUUUUUUAGCAUAUAUUGUUUCUAUUUUAUUACAACAACUUGCAUUUAUAUAAUGCUUCCGGCGCUGUUAGAGCAUUCUCCAGCUUUUUCUCAGGAGACUCAGUCAGAUUCAAGUUUGGUACCAAGGCACAUGAGGCUUCAUUUGAACACAAGGGGAUCUGCCAUUUAAGGGGAACCCUGAUUCUUCACAUUGGUUAGACUGUAGAUCCUUUUUAACUCUCAUUGUUUAAACUAUAGAUCUUUGUUAACCAUGACUGGUUACAUUGUACAGCACUAUUACCCCUGAUUGGUUAUACUGUUGAUCCUUGCCAACCCUGAUUGAUUACACUUUGGAUCCUUGUUAAUUCUUAUUGGGUACAUUGCACAGGUCUAAUAACCCUCUCUGGUUAUACUGUAGAUCUUAUUAGCCCUGAUUGGUUACAGUGUAGUUCCUUGCUAAUCCCAAGUGGUGACCAAUACAGGAUUCAAUGUGGACUGAGCAGAAACCUGAUCCCCCAGACUGUGGAACCCAUGAGCACAGGGAGGAACAGGGAUGGACAACAGAAACAUAUUUGUGAGGAAGACAUAAGACCACAAAACAUAGGAGCAGAAGUAGGCCAUUUGGCCCACUGAGUCUGCUCCACCAUGACUGACAUGUUUCUCAACCCCAUUCUCCUGCCUUCUCCCUGUCUUCCUUAAUCCCCUUACAAAUCAAAAACCUAUCCAUCUCUGUCUCAAACAGACUCAAUGACUUGGCGUCCACAGUCCUCCAAAGCAAUGAAUCUGAACACAGAGUCACCAUCCUCUGACUGAAGAAAUUCCUCCUCAUCUCAGUUCUAAGGGGUCGUCCCUUCACUCUGAGGCUGUGUCCUCAGGGUCCUAGAAGCUGGAGGGAAAACAAGGCCCAGAGAGAGAGAAAUAGACGGAGCUAUUGAUGGGGUGAGGUGCAGGAGGUGGACCACGUGAAGCUGACCAAUUAGGCACAAGCCCCUUUUUCCAUGCUGUAACCGCUCUGUAAUGGCUGGAUUUCUGCACAAUGCAUUUCUUUCACACACCAGUCUGCCAUUCUUACACAGGCAUAACUUCACUUAAUGCUGAUCCACUUGGCAAUGCAGUGUGUAUCAAUAUCUCCAGCAGAGCAGGUUCAAUGGACAGAGUGGCUUCCUUUGCUCCUAAUUUAUACAUUUGGAUCUUGCCACAUUACUAUAGUUGUUUUUAGUUCUUACAAGAACAAGAGUUCAUGCUAGUUACUUAGUGCUGUUUAGCAUGCUUAAAAUUAUACAUAUUUUUUAAAAUAACAUUUUGAUGUACUGACUGAUUUUUUGGUACAUUUGGUACUGUUUAAACAUUGCCCUGUGCUGUUCAAACAUUGCCCAGUUUUGUUUAAACAUUGCUUGGCACUCCUACCACCAUUAUUUGACACAGUUUAACUCUCCUGCAUCCCUCAGGGCUGUGAGCUCUGAUAGCAUGCCAUUAAAGAACACCUUCUGGGGUACCUGCUCUUUAUUAAUGUGAUACUGUUAUUCAGGGAUCCACCAACAUGUUGGAAUUCUCACCUUCCCAGGGUCCAGUGCUGUGGACAAAGGUGAAGUAUGUAAAGCGGUCAUAUCCCCACUUUCUCAUUAGAGAGAGAGAGAGAGAGAGAGACGACUGGUGAUUGUUUAACCUGAGGGCCAGCACGCCUCAGGUGAGGAGUGAGGUUAAGAGUCCUUCAUAGUAACCUCAGCCAGUGCAGGAAUUGAACCUACACUCUGUGUGGCAAACCAACCAUCCAGCCAACGGAGCUAACGGACAGGAGUAUUAAUGUGACACAAGGCAUACCGUGUUCCUGUACAGCUACCCAGCUACAGUGGCAUACACUCAUGACCACUGCAAAGAAAAACUACCUAAAAACAAAGGAAAUCCUGCCUGCUCCCUGGCAUGGUCUUACUGAAAUACCGAAAUAAAUCAUUCCCAGAACGUACACCAUGGCUCUGUGGGAAUUCCCGCUCCACACCAUGAUCCUAAGCCCUCCUGAUGGGGGAUCAGAAUAGAGAACCAAAUUGAUAUUCUAAUCCACUGUUCUUCACCACUCACUUCACCGCACCCUGCCUCAUCCUCUUCUCAAUAGGGGCAGUAGGUUUGAUUAAAGUUCCUCGUCUCCAACAUAAACAGGUUAAUUCUGGCGUGGGCAGUGAUGUAGAACAAGCAGUAAUGCCUUGACUGCCUGGCAUAGUCCCAUCACAUAAUCAGCUCCAUUGAAUUUCAGUUUAUAAACAAUAUCUCCCCCAUUGGGUGUUGUAGAGUGACUGGAUCUGGCUCUUUAAGUGCAUGCAAAUGCAGCAUAUUUCAUUGAUUUGCUUUUUCCAUCAUUUCAUUAACAUCUUUUACCUGUCAAUCUAUCAUUGCAAACAUUUUUUGCCUUCUUUCUUUCUCUCUCUCUUUCUCUUUCUUUCUCUCUGACUCUUUCUCUGUCUUUAUCUAUCUAUCUAUCUGUUGCAUUAUGUCUCACAUUCAGUAUACCUUUAAGAGAUGUACUCAUGGUAUCAUCACUGUAUUAUAGUGUGACCUGAGGCUGGUAAAUGCUCCACCUUACCCCAGGGUCACUUGAAGCAUUCUCUCUACUAGAAACAUGCUGCUCUUUGUAACUGAAUGUUAGCCUAGACACAAAGUUGUAUAUAAUAAUUACCUGUAAUAAAUUUGUUGUGUCUUCAA